AUGCUAUUGGAACUAAAUCCUGAAACUCCAGUUGUUGGUUGCGAAAUCAUUCUUAUUGGUUCUGUUCAUUCUAAAGCAGGUUAUGUUAUUCCAGACGACUCAUUGGAUUACAACUGGUAUAGGCUGCAAAACGAAGAGAGACUCAUUUGCUGGGAACACCCUAGUCAAAUAGCUACUUUCCAGUGCAGAGCUUGUGCAGUAUCAGGCAAACAUGUUAAGGAGACUUUCCACUGCACUGUGAAGUGUUACAAUGAUCAUUGGCUGAACCACCACAAAAGUCAUCCUAAAGUAGCAGCCUCGUUACAGAUGAUUACAGAAGUUGAGAAUCAUGGGUAUGACUGUACUUGCUCCUCGUGUUCGGCUUUUGAUGUGUCCCCUGCUUUUGAUAUGGAUUUACUAGUUAAUAAUAAUGCAAAAGCAGUACAUAGGUCAUGGGUUAAAGUGGGUAUUUCAAAAACCUAUACACCCACAAUAGCGGAUUUUGGAUAUAGAUUAAAACUGGAAGUUGUUCCAACAGUCUUUUGUGCAGGAAUCCCUUGGGUCCCAGCCGAAUUACAGACUAAUCAUGUAAUCGUUGCACCUCCGCCUCGCUAUAUGAUUCCAGUUAAACCUUUGGAUUGUUUUAGUAACUUUAAUUUGGAAUCACAAAUAUGUGCUGAUAGGCCUUUUAGUGUGCUCUCGUACAAUGUCCUUGCUGACAUAUCAUUUGUCUCCAGGAGGUUCAAAGUGAUCAUUUUGAAGACUUCUUUAAGCCCGAGCUUCAAAGGUUUGGCUACUCAUCUGUAUAUAAGCGAAAAACGAAGGGGUUGUUUACUUAUAAAAGAGAGUACACAUGAUGGGUGUGCCACGUUUUUUCGCUUUGAUAAAUUCAGACAAGUUGAGAAAUAUGAGCUCGAGUUUAAUACUAUUGCACAAGAACUAGCCGAGUCACUUGAUGAAGAUCAGAGACAUAGCAUGAUGAAGAAUAAUGUUGCACUUAUAACAAUAUUGGAGACAAUCGAAACUGAACCACUUUGUGACACAUCAAUUCGUAGAAUUUGUGUGGCAAAUGUUCAUGUAUCUGCCAACCCACAAUUUAUGGAUGUAAAACUAUGGCAGGUUGGAACCCUUAUUGAAGGUCUGGAGCGAAUUGUAGCUCAUUCGUAUGUUCCGGUUCUCAUUUAUGGGGAUCUUAACUCUCUUCCAAGAAGUGCUGCUCAUAAUCUUCUAGUUAAUGGUAAGGUGAAUCCUAUGCAUGAGGAUUUGGUGAAGACUCCUUAUGAAAUAUUUCAACAUCUCAAGCUUUCUCAUGAACUGCCACCUCUGGCGAGUGCAUAUUCAUCCUUCUCAAGAGCGACGAAUGGGGAUUCUAAACAAUGGAGUAUGAUGAAUCCAAAUACACAGGAGCCUCGAUUCACUAUUGCUAGACCCAAUUUCCGUUCUGCAAUAGAUUAUAUUUUUUACACAGAGGAUAUGUUGACAGUGAGAAGUCUACUAGAAUUGGUUCAUCUGAGGUCUGCAAUUAGGGAUACAGCUUUUCCAUCAGCAAUGUGGCCGUCGGAUCACAUUGCCCUCAUGGCUGAAUUCUCAUGGAAGACUCCACGCCAAAAUCAACUUGUGAAUAGUCGUGAUAUAACGUACAGUUCUGUAUAAUAAAGAAACUAUACCUUAAAUUCAAAUUUAGCGUUGGCAUCUGUCGUUACACAAGGUUGUUAGAGACAUACAGUUAAAAAACAGUCCGUUGCAAACAGAAGAGGGAGAUACAAUUACACAAUAAUGUUAAUGAAAUUGUAGAACAAGUAAAACUAUUUUCUUUGUCCUGCCAUCCUAUGAGAUACAAUGACAAACUUCUUAUGUAAUACUGUAAUAUCCUACAAGGGUGUUUGUGGUUGUCUUGAGCAUUCUCAUUUCUACUACAAUGGCAUAGUGAUGAAAUACUGGAAUGAGGGGAGACUUCCAGCCCUUGGAGCAUCAACGAUGGUAGAUGCUAGAAAUGCCAACAAAAGAACAAACUAAGUUGUUUUUCUUUGUUUUUUUUGAAGCAUGUGAUUUUAUUUAAUU